AAGUAGUCAGGCGGGGAAGGGGGCGGGGGGUUGCCGGGUCCGCUCCUGCGGGGCGAUCGUCCGUGCCGGGUUUUGCACCUUGUCCCCGGGUCUGCCUCCCGGCCUGGAGGAGCCAGGAGCUGCUGCUGCUGCUGCUGUGUUUACUGAGCGCUCUUGUCCUGAUAUCACUCCGCUGGCAUGGAGGAGGAGGAGGUGGAGGAGGAGAGCACUUGAUCAUUGUGAUGGUGGCAGGAGGAGCAGCCGCACACCCCGCGCCGCGCCAGCGCUCCAGCCCUCCGCUCCCGCGGUUAAUUUUUGGGUCGUCCCCCCCCUCAGCCCCCCCGCAGCUCGCCCAUGUGUUUCCUCUCCCCCCGCCCUGAGCCCGAGGAUUUGCGGCUCCUGUUGAAAUGCAGCUGAGCAGCCAAAGUAGUCGGGGCGGCAUCGGCGCGCAAACUUUUUGAUCGCGGAGCGGCAGGGCCCGGGCACGGAUGCGGCGGCGGGGGCCGGGAUGCGCGGGGCGGCGGGCGCGGAGCUGAGCGACGCCCCCGGGUCCCCCGCGGAGGUCGGCGGAGCCCCCGCGGCUGCUACUGCUGCUGCAUGCCCCGCGCCCCGCCGGGCCCCCCGCGCCCCCCGCCCCGCGCCGGGGCCAUGGGGGACUUCGCGGCGCCCGCGGCCGGCGGCGGCAGCCUGUGCCUCAACGCGGCCCUGGGCGGCGGGGCCCCCGGGAACAAUGCGGCGGGCGGCGGCGUCCCCAAGCACAGCACCGUGGUGGAGCGGCUGAGGCAGCGCAUCGAGGGCUGCCGGCGGCACCACGUCAGCUGCGAGAGCAGGUACCAGCAAGCCCAGGCCGAGCAGCUGGAGCUGGAGCGCAGGGACACGGCGAGCCUCUACCAGCGCACGCUGGAGCAGCGGGCCAAGAAGGCGGCGGGCGGCGGCAAGCAGCAGCAGCAGCAGCACCCGCCCACCGGUAAGCAGCAGCAGCAGCAGGAUGCCGAGCCCGCCGCGGCCGAGCAGAGGAACCACACGCUCAUUAUGCUACAAGAGACAGUAAAGAGGAAGUUGGAAGGUGCUCGCUCGCCCCUCAAUGGAGAACAGCAAAAUGGUGUCUGUGAUGGUAGCUUCUCCCCAACCAGCAAGAGGAUACGGAAGGAUGUACCAGGAAUUGAUGCAAUCAACAGCUUGCCCAAUAACUUGCCUAUACCUUCUGUUUCUCCUCUUCACCAGCUUGACAUGAAGCCUUCUUUACCCCUGCAGAACAGUGGGACACAUCCUACUGGGCUGGAAGACUUAGGUAAAAAUGGUGGACUUCCAGAGAUAAAGCUGCCAGUUAAUGGUUGCAGUGAAAUUGAGGAAAGUUUUAACAUCCUGCAAAAUAAGGAGCUAAAACAAGAACCUUUGGAUGACCCUACAUGCAUAGACACUUCUGAAACCUCCCUUUCAAAUCAAAAUAAACUCUUCUCAGACAUUAAUCUGAAUGAUCAAGAGUGGCAGGAGCUAAUAGAUGAGCUAGCCAACACUGUUCCAGAGGAUGAUAUACAAGAUUUGUUUAAUGAAGACUUUGAAGAGAAGAAGGAACCAGAAUUUCCCAGGCCUGCCACUGAGAUUCAAGAGAGUGCAAGCAUUAAGAGCGAUCCGUCUCAUUCUCCAUUUGCUCAUGUACCUCUGGGAUCUCCCCAGGUGAGGCCUUCUUCUUCAGGUCCUCCAUUUUCAAAUGUCUCCACAGCUUCUAGUAUACCUUCUGUUUCCAGUGCUCCUGCAGCUCCAGUCCCUGCCAGCUCACCAGCAAAUUGUGUUGUUCAGUCACCCCAAACUCCCAACCAGGCCCAUACUCCAGGCCAGUCUCAGUCACGAUCUGGAAAUGGUUACCUUAUGAAUCCAGCAGCUGUAACAGUGGCGGGUGCAGGGCCUGGUCCUGUGACUAUACCCAGUGCUGACUUAUCUCCAGCUGAACAGCUGAAACAAAUGGCAGCACAGCAGCAACAAAGAGCUAAACUCAUGCAGCAAAAGCAGCAACAGCAACAGCAGCAACAUCCAAAUCAAGCAUCAAGCUGGUCACCUGUUGGGCCUCCAUCUAGUCCGUACGGAGGGCCCUUCAGUGCAGACAAACCAAAUAGUCCAAUGAUGUAUCCCCAAGCCUUUAACAACCAAAACCCAAUAGUGCCUCCUAUGGCAAACAAUCCACAGAAGACCACAAUGAAUAACUACCUCCCUCAAAAUCACAUAAAUAUGAUCAGUCAGCAGCCAAAUAACUUGGGUACAAACUCCCUAAGCAAACAGCCCAGUAUGCUUACUUAUGGCAACACUAAACCUCUGACUCAUUUCAAUGCUGAGUUGAGUCAGAGAAUGACCCCACCCAUGGCCAACCCCAACAAGAACCCCAUGAUGCCAUACAUACAGCCACAGUCCCAGCAGCCACAGAUGCAAGCUCAGAUGGCGCACCUGAGUGAGGAACAGAAGCGCAUGCUUAUCAUGAAGCAGAAAGGAAUGAUGACUCAACCAAUGGCAUAUGCAACACUUCCCUCCCUUAGUCAGGAGCAGCACCAGGUGGGACUGUCUCGGACCACAGGCCCUAUGCAGCCUUCUGUACCACCAGGGUCCAGCAAUGUGGUCACAGGUACAAGCCCUGGAGGUCCCAGUUUCCUGGGGAACCAGCCACAAGCAGCCAUCAUGAAGCAGAUGCUGAUUGAGCAAAGGGCCCAGCUCCACGUGAUAGAACAACAGAAGCAACAGUUUCUACGGGAGCAAAGGCAGCAGCAGCAGAUUUUGGCAGAGCAGCAGUUACAACAGCAGUCGCAUUUGCCUCGGCAGCACCUCCAGCAGCAGCGAACUCCGUAUCCAGUGCAACAGGUCAACCAGUUCCAAGGUUCUCCCCAGGAUAUAGCAGCUGUGAGAAAUCAGGCAGCGCUUCAGAGCAUGAGGACCUCCCGAAUGAUGGCCCAGAGUGCAGGCAUGAUGGCAAUGGCACCUUCUCAGAACCCUGGCACAAUGUCUACUGCAGCGGGUCAGUCCGAGAUGGGAAUGGCUCCUUACAGCAACACAUCUACCAGCCAAACGGGAAUGUACAGUAUGAGCACAGGGAUGAGCCAAAUGUUGCAGCACCCAAACCAAAGUGGCAUGAACAUGGCACACAAUGCAGGCCAGGGACCAAGGCAGCCUGUCUCUGGACAAGGGGUCGGAAUGAUCAGCAGUUUUGGUCAAAAUAUGCUGGUGAACUCUGCUAUUCCUCAACAUCAACAGCAGAUGAAAGGACCUGUGGGCCAGAUCUUACCUCGGCCACAGGCACCAAGACUUCAAAACAUAAUGGGAACUGUUCCACAAGGAACACAAAACUGGCAGCAACGAGGACUACAAGGUAUCCCUGGAAGGACUACCAGUGAAAUGGGGCCAUUCAACAAUGGCACAACAUAUCCAAUGCAGCCUGGGCAGCCAAGGCUGCCCAAGCAGCAUUUUCCACAGGGAAUUAACCAGUCAGUUGUGGACACUACUGGGACAGUAAGAGGCCUGAACCCAGCAAUGGGAAGACAAAUGCUGCAACCACUGCCUGGGCAACAAGGAACCAGUCAGGCAAGGCCAGUGGUUCUGCCUGCCAUUAGCCAAGGGGUUCCCACUAUGUCUGGUUUCAGUCAGCCUUCUGCGCAGCAGAUGCCAGGUGGUAACUUUGCUCAGAGCAGCCAAGGCCAGGCUUACGAGAGGAAUCCCACUCAGGACAUGUCGUACAAUUACAGCGGCGAAGGAGCAGGGGGCUCCUUCUCAAGCCUAGCGGAGGGUGCAGACCUUGUGGACUCUAUCAUUAAGGGUGGACCAGGGGACGAGUGGAUGCAAGAACUCGAUGAGCUGUUUGGAAACCCCUAGGGAAUGGGCGUGCAGUUUUAAAACUUUGAUUGUUAAUUUAAAAAAGAGGAAAGAAGGAAAACGGGAUGUCGCCCCAUCUACAGGGGGUUGUUUUUUUUAAUCUGUGCAAACCGAGCUGAUCCGCAGCUAGCUGUGGGAGAGUCAGGCGGUGAUUAAAAAAACAUUGACGUGUCGAUAUCGCAAAACUUCCACACAGCAAUUGCCACUGCACGGCAGCGCCUGCUGCACAUGUGUACGUGAGGGAAGGUUGGGGUGGGGCAGAGGGACAAAAAAGCAGCUGCUCUCCACAGAUGAGGAAAGCCAGCGGUCCCCCUGCAGCAAGGCACUGUUGCAUAGUGAUGUAGUGUUCUUCCACCCUGUUGUGCUGUAAUCACUGCAACUUUCAGGGCACAGGAAGAGCCAGGUCCUUGGUCUAGGAAUAGAAACUAAGGAAGUUGACAGGUCACAGGCCAGGUCAGAAAAGUGAACUGAUCUCUGGACUGAAGCCGAGAGCAGACAGCGAGGUGUUCUGCUCUCUUUGGUUUGAUACAGAGCAAGGACCAUGACACCUGCUCCAGGUGAUGGUAAGAAAAUGUGCGGAAGGGGUCGCCAUUUUCACUGUAGAGUGAUAAAACAAUUAAUAUAAAAGCUUAGCAAAACAUAAAUCUGGCAAUACGUAGGGAAGGACGGUUUGAUUACAGGACUGUCACAGGAGGCUAGCAAAGAUAGCCACUACUUAGGUGGGUAAGUUAACUCACUGAGCUAUGAAGUCUCCUUUCAGGCUUAGAACAUUGCUUCUUUAUCAGAACACAGCUCUGCUGCCAAAACAGCCGAGAAAGGUGUGAAAUACAAACAGACUACAGUGGAGAUUUCUGUAGCUUCAGCUGAACCCCUUUUUUAAUUCUUCCUCCUCGGUUUACUCAUGAUUCAAAUGAAUUUUUUCCUCACCAAUGAAGGAAAAAUACACAGCUGCAACACAAGCUAAGCCCACUGCACUUGGUCUUUUUUUUUCAGCUGAAAAAUAGCCACCACAAUUGGGGUUGGAGGUCAAAGGGUGGUGAGGGGAGCGGGAAAGGAUGCCAGGCCUCAGAAAAUUAAAAUGCAUAACUGGGGUUUGAAACUCUGAAUGAGUAUCUCCCCUUCUGAACUUGCAAGAUUAGUGGGUAUUAUUAGUCUGGGGCUGGGAUGCCUGGACUGUUGAUUUGACAUUACAUGCAGCCUGCUUUUCUGUCUUAAACAGAUGUUCAGUUUAAUCUCCCUGGUUUGCUGGGGUGAAUUCACUGGAGUGCCUGAAAAGCAGGGAUCAAGAAAGGACUGCUGUAAUGAUUGUCUGCAGAGGGGCAACUGAUUGCACUGGUGAUCACAAACACGGGAUCUACCCAAAUAAGUUUUUAAGGCAAUAGUAACCUAUCACCUGAGAGAGUUAAUGUGGACCUGGUCUGAGUGUGUAACAAACUAUGAUGUUUUUCAGAAAGUUGCUUUUAAAAUAAUAAAACCCAGCCAUUUGGGAUGUCUAAAACUAGUCUUUGUGAGCCACAAUGUGUGCUGUAGUGAAAGCUGAUUAAAUCAUCCAAACCUACCAAUUGGUUUGUCCUCAGCUGCUUGGCUUAGGUCCAGUGAUGUGAAGUGCUGAGCCAUUCAAGUCAAUGGGAGCUGAGGGUGCAUAGUACCUCUCAGUGCUUUGUGAUGAGCCCUUUGUUUUUAUGUGGAUCCCUAAUAUGAACAGGAGCAGUGAAUGGGGGCAAAAUGGAUCUCUUGUUCACCUAGUGCCCUGCUACUUGUUCACUCUUGUGCAGUAAGUAAGUAACUCUUUGAACGGCUUACCUAGAUGAGGGGGGAAAGGUGUUUUUACAUGCUGCUGUGUAUACAGGGCAGGCUCUGUGUUUAGCAUGGGAUAGCUGGUCAUGAUGAACUUCCAACUCACCUGUGGAAAAGUGCAGCUUGCUUUUUUCAGCACUGGUGUUUGAAAAUGCAUUAGUGAACGUGUUUUAGCUAAUACACUUGUAAGAUACACCUUCCAGGUCCAUUCCAGUUCCCACUAAAGCCAGCAGGAAUUGAUCUUUCUAUUGAAUUCAGUGGGUAUUGAAGUGGACCCUAAUUCUAUAAAAGAAGUGAGCACCAGCCAAAGGUUUCAGCCCACAAGCAUGUUGUGGUUAGGUGGAUCUUAGUCCUGCUACCAUAAAGUGGGGGGGAAGGGGGGCGGGGGUGGGAUGAAGGGUAGUAGAACUGGUAUCCCCAAGGGGAAAGGGUUUUGCGUGUGUGUGUGCUGGGAGCGGGCAAAUAGGGUAACUUAUACUAGUCCUGCACUGUAUUAAGCAUUUGCACCCUGCAAAUCAAGGGAAAGGUGCCACUGAGCAUGGUAGGAAGAGAGUAGCUGUUCUUCCUCUCCCAGGCAACAUCAGUGUUUCCUUAGAACGGUAACAAGAAGUUCCCUGCCAACGCAGUGACAACAGGAAUUUCAGAUUUAGAAACACACAAAAAACAAAGUGACAGACAUGGCUAUUCACCCUCAUCGGUAGAGAAGAGGAACCACUGUAUAAGUGGUGGGGGGAAGUUGGGUGAUGAGGGCUAUGUCUCUGUUGUCUUUAUAAAGCUUCCUCCAAAUACUCCAUACUGGGACCAAGUACUAGGGAGGUAGAUUUUCAUAGGUUUGGGGUUUUUUUCUUACUAUGGUGCUGAUGUAUAUGUAAAGUUUAAAAAAAAAAAGGUAAUUUGUAAAUAUGUUUUUACAAUUCUGCAGAUAUCACUGGGUCUACUAUCUGUAAAAUAUAUACAUAUAAAUAUAUAUAUAUAAAUAUAUAUAUACUGUUUGUUUAAAAUAGAGUAUUUUUAUUUCAUUCCUUAACUCAUCCUUACUGCAGUGGUAUUGCACUUCAGAUGAUGUCUAAUUACUAAUUUGUACUGUAUCCCAGACAGCAACUUGCUCCAUUUUAUUCAGAUUUUUCUAGUUUUCUGUUUUUACUUUGUACAUUAAGCAUUGCUUAUUUCCUUUUGAGACCUGUACAGAGCUCUGAAAAUGUAGAAAUGACCUGAUGUUAACAUACCACUUUUAAAGAAAAAAACAAAAACAAAUAAAAGAUUGUUAUCUGAAUUUAAAAA